AUGAAAAUUAGAAAAAGUGUAGAGAAUCACACAUCAACGACUCCUAAGGCAUGUCGUAUAUGCGGUGCUGAAGCACGUGGUUUCAAUUUUAAUGUCAUUACUUGUAUGUCUUGUAAAUCUUUUUUUCGCAGAAAUGCACAUAAAAAAUCACCUCUACCACUUAGUCUUCUUCAAAAUGAUCAUUCAAAAUUAACAACUAAUGAAUGGACGCUUCUUUCGAAUUUUCUUCAUCUAUUUGAGGAACAAAAUCCUGCCAUACGAAUUCAACAUUCUCUUAAUGAAUUAUAUUCAUUACCACCAAAAUUACGUUCUAAAUCAUCGGAAUUACUGAAGCCUCUUCGUGAGCUCUAUACAUGUGUUGGACCACUUAUUGAACGUUCACCUGAUUUUUAUACUUUACAUGUUCAUGCUCGACAAAUUCUUAUCAAGCAAAAUUUGUAUAUCACUGGUGUGAUUAAUGGACUUUUCUUUUGUCGUGAAUUAAAUAUAUUUCAUAAUAUGAUUGCUUUGAAUGCUAGCGAUCAACUUUUUGGAUCUCAAUUUAUGAUAGAAUGUCAUCGAAAAAUUGCACAAUAUGAUCCAAAUGGAAAUCUUAUUAAAAUCUUAGUAUUCAUAUUAGCAUAUUCAAGUAAUUGCUCGGUCGUUAAAUAUGAUAAUCAAGAAGAUAUUUCAAUUAUGCCAAGCUCAAUAGAUCUUGUUCAUAUCCAGAAUUUAUAUGUGACGAUGUUGUGGAAAUAUUUAGUUUAUCUAUAUGGAUUUAAAGAAGCAGUACUUCGAUUUACUCAACUUGUAAAGAAUGUUGUAGAUUUAAUUGACAUGUUCAAUCGAAUGCCUCCAAACGAAACUCGUGAUCAUAUGAUUGAUAUAGUUGUAUCAGAGACAGAACGUAGAUUACUGAUAGAAGACUAA